CGAUAUAAUUUCUGCUCAGGAACAACGUCUUGGUCGUCGGUUAUUCACUCUUUGCUCAGUGAAAGUCUCUUUAUUUUUAAAAGGUAUAUCUCUAAAACGUGAAAUUCUAAUUGUUAGAUUGUCUCUCUUGGAGUUGGAAAUAAGAAAUAAGCGUUUUAUAAACCCGAGGUCCCAGGAGAUUGAUACACCACUGCGUUCACCACGAAAGUACUCGAGUCCGUUGAUUCCGUUUGGGGCCCGUUUACUCGACCAAUCAAAUGGCUUUUUACCUGUUGGUUUUGUACUGAAAAACCGAACAGGUAGAUUCACGAGGAAGGGAGUUCGGGCGUACCAAACAGUGGAGGCUCAGGUAUUUUCCAGUCGAUGAUGUGCGGGACUUAGGUCCACCGAAAUCUCGGUUACGUUUACUACGUUACGAUAUUUAUAUUUAUAUAUACAUAUAUAUUUGUAAAUAUAUCAAAUAGUUUUAUGUCUCGAAGUGACCAUAGAGUGAUCCAAAUAGUGAUAAAUGCGUGAAUCAUAAAGAAGAAACCACGCCUGGAGAUAAAAAAUAAUAUUCACAAGGAUCGACGUGAUUGACGAUAAUAUUUUUCUGCAAAAGGCUGACACGACGUACGUACUGGAGUGAAACUCGCUGCUGCUGCUGCUAUUGCUGUCAAGAUUAACAAAAAGAUGCCUUACUACAAUAGUGGCCAUGGACCUGUUGCUUACAAUAAAGAUGGAAGUUCAAGUGGUCCAUCGAGCACAUCCGGAGGACCAGUCGGUGCACCGGAACCAACAUACAUGAUGGAGCAUUUGGCCACAUUCACAGUGACCAAAGAAACUGGAAUUGUUUAUCCAGCUGAUGGCAUGCGACGUCUUUUACAACUGGAAAAAAGUAACGGUAUUUGGAGUCAGAAGAUGCAACUUCGCCUCGAGCGAAAUUGGGUUCUCAUCAUGGACAACGAAACUGGGGCCGUCAUGGAGAGAUUUCCUGCGUCUCUUAUACAGGAACCCACGGCCUUCACGUCACGCGAUCCGAUGGAAAUGUAUAACAAUAUAUUGGUCUUCACCGUAGGCGAAGACUGUGGCUCUGGUCAACGUGCCGAAAUGCACAUCUUCCAAUGUCAAAGUGUCUCCGCCGAGGACCUCGUGGAAGAUCUGAAAAUGUUACAAAUGGGAAAAUUGGUACCCGGAGGAUCGCCCCGAGGUUCCCGUGGCCACAUACCACCCCCACCGGCACUACCGCCUCCAGAACCACCAUUAAAUGGUGUCAAUGUUCGAGAACAAGUCUCCGCAUUUAAUGCCGCUAAUAAUGAUGGGCACAAUGAUAUAUCGCGUGACGAAAACAAUGACGAGGUGUCAUCAACAUCGUCCGAGAAAUACGAGAGGGACGUGACAAUUUUGAAUCAUUGCUUUGACGAUAUUGAGAAAUUUAUCGCCCGCCUGCAGCACGCGUCAGCCGCCUCACGUGAAUUGGAGCGUCGACGUCGUAAUAGAAAAUCGAAAAAACGCAGUUUAGGCGAUGGAAUGCUGACAAUGAGGGCAAAACCACCACCUGAAAUUGAAUUCAUCGAUAUUUUUCAAAAAUUCAAAUUAUCAUUUAAUCUCUUGGCUAAAUUGAAGGCGCACAUUCACGAUCCAAAUGCGCCGGAAUUGGUGCAUUUUCUCUUCACUCCACUCGCACUUAUUGUCGAUGCAUCGCAUGACACGAAUUAUGAUCCAAAUCUGCCGAGCAAAGUUGUUUCGCCGCUGUUGACCCGUGAGGCGGUGAAUUUGUUGAUUAACUGUGUGACCAGCAAGGAGACGGAACUUUGGCAUUCGUUGGGCGACACGUGGUUGGUGCCGAGGAAUCAAUGGAAGGGACACGUGCCACCCUAUCAUCCCGUUUUCAUGGAUGGAUGGUCACCUGAGUAUCCCAUUCCCGAGGAUCGGGACAAUGAUCAUCUCAAUUCACUUCUUCAUGCCGACAAACAGAAGAGGGAUGAUCUUCCCGAGGCACAAAAUGAUUCCUAUUACAAUCACAGGGAUAUCGACGAGUCUCACUACAGUAGUGACUACCUCGACUAUGAGAGCAGAGAAGAGCGCGGGAAUGUUGAAUAUUUUGACAGAAAUUAUGGUCCAGCGCCAGAACUUUAUGGCCGCGAGGAGAGGGAGAGGGUUGUGGAUCAAACCCGAGCGCACAGCGACAUAUCGGUUGAUUCGAUCGAGAGGAAUCCUCGCGGUGUGCCGGGUCACGAGAGGGCCCAAGAGGCAUGGCUAGAUGACCUUUUGGCACGUCACGCGAAAAUCGUCCAGGUCACAUAUCCCCGUACGGCGAACAACGACAAGGAACUCACUGUCGUGAGAGGCGAAUAUCUUGAGAUCCUUGACGACAGCAGGAAAUGGUGGAAGGCGCGAAAUUCCCGGGGACAAGUAGCUCAUGUUCCUCACACAAUUGUCACGCCUCACAAUCCCUCUCACACUGAUGACAAUGACGUCUUCAAUAAUCCACUCUACACGGGACGCUAUCAACGGCAGGGGCACGGCUACAAUUACGAGGAUUCAGAAUUGGAUACCAGCACUAGUCCUGGACCGGAAACGACACAUCGACCCCAUACGAUUCCACCUCCGGCACCAGCUGAAUGGGUACGCAAAGAACGUCUAGGAAAAAAAGGCGAAGCAAGUGUUUCAAGUGAGGCUCCCAGUGAUGAUGUAGUAUCACUUUCUGAUAGUCAACAUUCGUCUGGAAGUAUAAAAACUGUCAAUUCGUGGGAAUUGAAUAAAAAACCAUUGACAAAUUCUGGAUCUGAAUCAUCAAAAGUUCAAAACUCUUCCAAUUUUAUUAAAAAUGCGCAGAAAGAAUUGAAAAUUGGUUCGAAAGUUUAUCAGAAACAAAUUUCCGAACCAGCUUUUAAAAAUCUUAAAGAAUCCUCGGGGAAAAUUGCAUCAACUCCUCCUCCACCACCUCCACCUCUUCCGGAAUUCUUUCCCAAAUCAUCUUUCGAUGAUAAUAAAAUGGGAUCAAUAAAAAGUAACAAAAGUACCAAAAGUACUAUUAGCAUUCAAUCGAUGCCAGAAGGUUUCAGUGGUCAUGAUGAAAUGCAACAAGAAUUAAAAUCUGUAUUAACAAUGUUUCGCGAAAAGAAAAAGGCCAAAAAUGCAAAUUUAGAAUCAAAAGAAACUUUAGAUCAAUGUUCUACAUCGCGUGAUGUUCAAAAUUGGUUGGCGAAAAAAGGAUUUUCUGAAAAAAUUUCUAAGCACUUAAAAGGAAUGACUGGUGCAGAAUUAUUAACUCUUUCUAGUAGAGAACUGGAGCACUAUUGUGGAAUAGCCGAAGGAAAAAGAUUGGACGAGGAAUUAACUUGUUUCCGAAACUCACCUAGUCAAAAAAAUUCUCGAUCUUCAGAACUAAAACGAAUUUUGGGCGAAUUUCGAAAGGAAGGAUCAAUAAGUAAACCUUGACAUAGAGGAAAUUUUUGAAUAAAAUUUUAGAUAAUUAAAUUCGAAAAAUAAUUUAUUUUAUUGGUCGGAAAAACUAUAAUUCCAGAAAGAAAAAACAAAUAAGAACAGUUUUAUUUAGAAUUUUUUAGAAAUAUUUAAGAGCAA